AAAUGUCGGUAUAAUCGGUUUUACCAAUAUUUUAACUGUCGGUAGCACAAAGCGCAACAGUGCUAAGCAGCUAGCAGGACCGUGGGCGGUGAGAUAAAUGCUAACUAGUGGAUUGUAUUUCAACUCUAAGAGCUUUUGUAUUUAAUAGUCCAGUAAAUAUCAGUUCUCUGAGAUGGAGUGUGUCAGUACAGCAGGGUUUAUCCUAACCUGUGUGUGAACAUGAGCAGUAUGCUUCCUUACGGUGGUGCUGAGCGGGAUAAGCCGCUGUUCAGAGUUAAUUUAAGUAUUUUUUCGGUAGUAAUUGUGUGUUUACCUUUGAUCGGAUUCUUCGCCUGUAUCACUCUGUCUAUACUGUAUCACUACAAUGAAGCCACAUACACUCACUGCCAGGUCAACAACUACCUUCCAUCGGUCAGUGCAGCCAUCAGUCUCACACCAGAGCGCUACAUCUGGCGGUUCUGCAUUGGCCUACACUCUGCCCCACGAUUGCUGAUAUCAACAACCUACUUUAACUUUUACAGAGGACGUUUUGCCAGGCAGACCAUGGACCUGUUACUAAGCGUCUUUACAUUUUUUUUGGCCCUGACUGAAAACAUUGGACUGCUGCUGCUCACCUACGUCUGUUCUACUGAAAACUAUAGUCUUCAUAAAUAUGGCUUCAUCACUUUUGUUUCGAGCUCUUUGCUUCACAUGCUGUGCACCUGCAAACUGUGGCGGGUCAUUUCAAAGUACUCCCUCAGCUCUGAGGACGUGACCUCAUACCGCUAUAAGUUCCGCCUCUUCCUCUUCAGCAUUUGCUGCUGUGGGCUUGCUGCGUACUUCUUCAGGCGCCACAACAAGUAUUGCGAACCAGGAAUUUACACCCUCUUCGCUUUUUUUGAGUACCUGGUUGUGAUCGCCAACAUGGCCUUUCAUAUGACCAUCUUCUGGGACUUUGGGAAUAGAGAGAUUAUGGUGGUAGUGCCACCCGAGGGCAAGCGCGUCUGACAAAAGUACCUAACUAUGGAACCGCAGGAAAUCUUGGCCCAAAUACCUGGACUGUUUAUUCUUGUACUUAAGUUAUGAUGUGAAUAUUGUGUUUGUACUUUUUUACUGUUUACAAAAACUGUUUACAAAGGACGCAUUGUACAGUGUUUCAUAUAUUUGCUAAACAAAACUGAAUCUGGGAUUUUUUGCACAAUUGAUAUUUUUAGCCUGGUAUUUUUACAAAACUUGAAAAGAUUUUUUGGGUUGGGACAAAUUUUGUGUACUAAUUUAAAAUAAUGGCAGAACGUUGUCGUGAAACAUGAAACUGGAAGCACAUUUGGGUUAUUUUUCAUAAAAUUGGAAAUAUUGCUCUUAACUGACCUUAAACCUGUUUUACUUCUUGCAUGUAUUUGGAACCUUAAUGCCACUGACUUUAACUUAUGACGCUCAGGUGGCACAGUGGUCCAAUGUGCUAACCCACUAAUCAGGUUUGAACCUCAACCAUGCGCCUACACAGACAUGAUUGUGUGUGCGUGUAGGGGGAGGAAAUGGUCAAGCCGGGGUUCCUCAUUGCUGCAGCAGUUUGGCCUCGACUGGCUUAUAGAGGUGCCUGCACAUAAGACAGUUGAUCACGGAUGACAGCGCAUGGCUCUCUGUAUUCAGUUCUGCACUCUGUUCAUCCCCCUUCAGGCAAGUGAAAACAAGCGGUCGGGCGUGUGACAGUCUGUGGUUCACCUCAAGAGGGAGUUUUGGGUCAAAACAAUUAGGAUUUUACUAGAUUGGGUAGAAAAAGAAGAAAAAUAGUAAAUCAGCAAUUUGGGGGAAAACAUUUAUUAUAGGGUAUUUUAUUCUUGUGACCAUUUUAAGUAUCCCAGCACCUGAUGCGAACAUUUUACACUAGAAAUUUGCAGUAUGGGUGCUCGGGUGGUGCAGAGGUCUAAAACGCUAACAAACUACAGCAGAGUGUUUAAAAGGUGGAUUUACUUUGACCUUCUGUUUAUAGUUCUGCAUCAUUCUUCACAAACAUCAGUCCAGCAUUCAGAUUUCCAAUGUUCUUAAUACAUUAAUAUGAAACUGUUGGUCUAUGAAUAGUAUUACAUAUCUGUUCAUUGUCUUGAGGCAGGUCUGUGAUUUGGGUCUUUCUUUCAUAAUUGUACACUCACUGACCACUUUAUUAGGUACAACUGUCUGCUAUGUACAAUCAUUAUUUUAAAAGCUACACCAACCAUGUAUCAUGUGAGUGUACAGUUACUGACUGUAGCCCUUCUGUUGUUCUGUACACUGUUAAACAUUAUUUAAAAUCCCAACAACACCGCUACACCUGCUACACUGAUACCAGAAUACAAAGUACCGCGUCAUUAUCAUGUUAGUGUCAUCACAGCGCUGAGAAUGUUCCACCAACCAAAAAUCAUCUGGUCAGGAGUGCACUUUUUAUUGAAAAAUUGGGUACUGGCGUGACCAAGUGUACAGACCAACAGAUGGGCUACAGUCAGUAUAACUGUAUAUUAUAUACAUAUUAAUGAGAACAAUAUUUUAAUAUUCAGAAAAAAAUAAUGACAAACUUUUUAGGAAUAAUUUAUAUUGUAAUUUUAAGUACAGUCAUAAAUUAAAAAUGUGCACUCUUUUUAUUUGAUGAGUGUCAGACUAGCACAUCUGGUCAUUUCUGUCAUGAUGAGUGUGUUCUCCCUCUGUACCAAAUGGUUUAUAGAUCAGUGUGAAAUAAAUUUCUGUAAUAUAUAAUGCAGCUUUAGUUUUUAUUUUUCAUUGUUAUUCUUUGCAGGCACUCGGGUGGUGCAGCAGUCUAUUAAACUAGCCCAUCACCAGACAUAACUGACUUCUCCAGUUUGUGUGCAGUAGCCGGUCGCUUCUUUUCACCUGCACAAAGGUUCAUGUAGAGAUCCGUAUUAUGCACCAAAAUCCAUUUACCCCCCUUGUCAUUGUGCAGAUACCAUCGAUCAGCCAGCAGAUGGUGUAAUUGCAGCAGUCAGAAGGAAUCCCCUCUGGCACUCCCACCCUUUGGACACGCCAAUUGACGUCUGGCCUAUUGGCCAACUGGGUGGAGUGGACGAGGCCCCGAGAUGGAUUAAUUCCCUGUCCAGGGUGUUCCUUCCUUUCACCCAGUGUUUCACAUUAGAACCAGGCCUGUAAAAGUAGACAUGUUGGACGAAAUUCCCUUUUCUUUGUUUGUACAAAAGUCAUUAUCUGUUUUUAAAUAGACUGUGGCAGAAGUAAAUCUGAUAGCACAAAACUCUAAAUGGUACAGAACAGUCAAGUGUUGACUGUUUAUUACAUGAUACUGUCAGAACCAGGCGUUUGUGUGUUAUUUCUUUCCACCAACAUGUAAACAAAUGAAUAAAGCUGCAGAACAAAGCAUCACUGUUAUAAUGGGAAAAGCAAAUGCAGCUACUGAGAGCUCAUUUUACUGUCAAAUAAGUGAAGUAACCCUACCAGGACACGUAGUACAUGAGAAAAACCCAUCACGCUGAUGAACAUGCAGAUACAUAAUG